AUAAUCUCUUUACUCCAACUGCCCCCUUCGUAUAUCGCACGUGAUAAUUAAUAUUUAUGUAAAAACGGAGAAGGAGAGAAGGACACGGAGACCCGAAUAGAGCGCUUACGUGACACAAGAAUUCGUGAUUCGGAGUUAUAGAUAGUCCAGGAGGACCCCUCAUUCCUGAAUUUGGAGAUCCCGUCGUCAUCCUACCUGCCAUAAACACAAACAACGAGGCUGCCCCGCCAUCAUCAACUUUCAACUUUCACCCAUUUUCCCAUUUUGUUUCUUCAAUUCCAACUCCAAAUUUCAAUAAUAUACCCAGGCAACCCCUCUUCAAUCAACAUGGCGGACACAAGCCCAGCGAGUUAUAAAGACGUGCUCCCAGAUACCAUCAAGCCUACGAACUAUGCCAUCUCCCUCUCCAACAUUGCUCCCGGCGGUGCCUUCACCUACCAGGGAACCGUCAGCAUCUCGGCCAAGAUCCUGAAGCCAACGAAGAGCAUCACCCUCAACUCUAUUGAGCUCAAGGUUCACAGCGCCGAAGUCAUCGUCAACAACAACAAGACCCAGCAAACUAUUCCAAACAUCGAUGCCACCUACGAUGUGCCCAAGCAACGAGUCACUCUCGACUUUGCCGGAGAUUUGCCAGCCUCAAACGAUGCCGUUAUUGUCAUCAAGUUCGAGGGAAUCCUCAACGACAACAUGGCUGGCUUCUACCGCUCAAAGUAUAACCCAGUUGUGCCGGCUGCUGCUUCCGUCGUAAGAGACGGCGACAACCACUACAUGUUCAGCACCCAGUUCGAGUCUUGCGAUGCUCGUCGGGCAUUCCCCUGCUUUGAUGAGCCCAACCUCAAGGCCACAUUCGACGUCGAGAUCGAGCUCCCAGAGGACCAGGUCGUCCUGAGCAACAUGCCAGAGAAGUCUGUCACAAAGAGCAAGACGGAAGGACUUAAAGUUGUUUCUUUUGAGCGUACUCCUAUCAUGAGCACAUACUUGCUCGCAUGGGCCGUUGGAGAUUUCGAAUAUGUCGAAGCCUUCACUGACCGGAAGUAUAACGGAAAGAACUUGCCAGUUCGUGUCUAUACCACAAAGGGCCUGAAGGAGCAGGGUAACUACGCUCUUGAGCAUGCUCACCAGAUUAUCGACUACUUCUCUGAGAUUUUCGGGAUCGACUACCCAUUACCAAAGGCUGAUCUGUUGGCCGUGCACGAAUUCUCUCACGGUGCGAUGGAGAAUUGGGGUCUCGUAACAUACAGAACUACGGCCGUUCUCUUUGAUGAGAAGACCUCAGAUGCAAAGUACAAGAACAGAGUGGCGUAUGUCGUUGCACACGAGCUGGCCCAUCAAUGGUUUGGCAACCUUGUCACAAUGGACUGGUGGAGCGAGCUGUGGCUCAAUGAAGGUUUUGCUACCUGGGUCGGCUGGUUAGCAACCGACAAGCUUCACCCAGAGUGGAAUGUCUGGUCACAAUUUGUCCAAGAGGGCAUGCAAACCGCUUUCGGCUUGGAUUCUAUCCGAAGCUCCCACCCUAUCGAGGUUCCUGUUAAGGAUGCACUUGAUGUCGACCAAAUCUUCGACCACAUCAGCUACCUCAAGGGCAGCUCCGUUAUCCGCAUGCUAGCAUCUCACCUGGGACAAGACAAGUUCCUGGCAGGUGUCGGAAACUACUUGAAGGCCCAUGCAUAUGGCAAUGCUACGACUAACGAUUUGUGGUCUGCUUUGAGUGAGGUCUCUGGCCAGGAUGUUCCCAAGCUCAUGGACCCAUGGAUCCGUGAUAUCGGAUAUCCUGUCGUCACUGUUACUGAAGAGCCAGGCCAGAUUUCCGUAACCCAGUCCCGCUGCCUCUCAACAGGGGAUGUCAAGCCCGAAGACGACAAGACAACCUGGUGGGUCCCACUUGGCCUGAAGAGCAAGUCAGGCUCGAAGGCGAUCUCCUUCAACACCAAGAAGGCGACGAUCCCCGACAUCGAUGACAGCUUCUACAAGCUUAACGACGAAUAUGCUGGAUUCUACCGCACUAACUACCCAGCCUCCCGCCUUGCUACCCUCAGCAAGCAGCUUGACCUCCUCUCGAUCAACGACAAGAUCAACCUUAUCGGUGACGCGGGUGCUUUGGCUCGUUCAGGCGAUGCCCAGACUGCUCCUCUUCUGUCCCUCAUUGAAGGCUUCUCUGCCGAGACCAACUACCUUGUUUGGUCUCAGGUCAUCUCUUCCCUGGCCACCGUGAAAUCGGUUUUCAGUGAAGACGAGAACAUCUCCAAUGCGCUCAAGAAGUUCACCCUGAAGCUUAUCAAGCCCACCGUCACCAAGCUUGGCUGGACCUUCGCUCCUAAUGAGGACCACCUUACAGGUCAGCUGCGAGCACUUCUCAUCAACGCUGCAGGUCUCAACGGCGACGAGGACGUGAUCAAGGAGGCCCAGCGCCAGUUCUACGCCUACGCCGUCGGCGACGCCUCAGCCAUCCACAACUCCCUCCGCAGCGCCGUCUUCCAGAUCAACGUCAAGUACGGCGGCCGCGCGGCCUACAACGCCGUCAAGGCCGAGUGGGCAAACACCACCUCCAUCGACGGAAAGGAGACCUCUCUCCGCGCCCUCGGACGCAUCGAGGACAUCAAGAACGCCGAGGACGAGGACCCACUCGCGCCCAACUUGCUCAAGGACCUCCUUGACUUCAUGGCCUCCGGCGUCCCAACACAGGACGUGCACACCCCCGCGGCUACUUUGGGUGUUAACCCAAAGACCCGCCUCGGCCUGUGGACCUACAUCAAAGAGAACUGGGAGCCGCUGCGUGAGCGCCUGGGCAAGAACAUGGUUGUGCUUGACCGCUUCUUGAAGCUGUCGCUGCAGAACUUCUCGGAUCUCGAGACGGAGGCUGAUAUCGCGGCGUUCUUUGCCGAGAAGGAUAACAGGGGCUAUGACCGCACGCUGGGUGUGGUCAGUGAUAGCAUUAAGGGAAGGGCUAGCUAUAGGCUUAGGGAUGCGGGGCCAUUGCUUGAGUGGCUUAAGGCGAACCAGUAUGCUUAGAUAUUAGAUGGUUGGAGGGGAGGGGAGGGUAGCUUAUGAUUACAAGGGGGUUAGCUGGAUUAGCUGGAAUGGUAGCUUAUGAUUACGAGAAGAUUAGCUAAAACUGUAGCUAAUAACUAUAGCA